UUGAAUCGGGCCAACUUUAGGCUUUAUCUCCAACCAACAUAGUACCUUGCCACCACCAAGAGACAAAAUACUCAACUAUUAUAUGUAGCAAAUGGAUUGGACGACGACUUUCUAGGUAGAAAAAACUCAUUGCCAGUUGCCGCUCACCACCGCCUCCGCCGCCGCAAUCCAAUUAGCACACACACAAUGGGAUGUGGGAAUUUGUUCUUCACUUUAGUAAUAACUUUAUCAGCGGCACUGAUCACAUACAACAUAAUAAUAUCUGCAAAUGCAUCGCUCAAGCAAGAAUUCCCUGGCCCUUCAAACCCUUCAUUGGGCUCAUCAUCAUUUUCAGUGGACCCCAUCAUCAGGAUGCCGAGGGACACGUCAUCAUCGGCCUCUAAGAAAACUAAGAGGCUGUUCCACACAGCAGUCACUGCCUCAGAUUCAAUCUACAAUACUUGGCAGUGCAGGGUGAUGUACUACUGGUUCAAGAAACAGAAAAAUAAACCAAAUUCUGAGAUGGGCGGCUUCACAAGAAUUUUACACUCUGGAAAGUCUGAUCGCUUCAUGGAUGAGAUUCCCACAUUUAUUGCCCAGCCACUUCCCUCUGGAAUGGAUCAGGUUUUUGUUUUGUUUUUUAAUCUUUCGAUUAUAUUGGUAUUGCUAAAAUUCAGUUAAUGAUUACUUCGAAAA